UACAGUCAGCAUCGGACACACACACACACACACACGCGCACACACACACACACACACACACACACUGUCAAAUGACUGCUAUUCACAUCUGCAUGAUGCGAAACCCGUGCAGCUGGAGACUACAGGAAGCUAUGUGAGGGGGAAAAAGGAGAAAUAGGAGACGAUAAAUCAGCCUGACGUCUGAAAGUAUAUCACAAUGCCACUGGUAAAGAGGAGCAUUGAGCCCAGGCACCUGUGCAGGGGAGCUCUGCCUGACCGAGUCUCCAGUGAGCUGGAGUGUGUCACCAACAGCACUCUGGCAGCCGUCAUCAAACAGCUUGGUAGCCUCAGUCGCCAUGCAGAAGACAUCUUCGGGGAGCUGUUUAAAGAAGCAAACAGUUUCUGCUUGCGCAUGAGUCACCUGCAGGAGCGUGUGGACCUGCUGGCUGUUAAAGUCACCCAGCUGGACUCGACUGUAGAAGAAGUCUCACUGCAGGACAUCAACAUGAGGAAGGCGUUUAAGAGCUCCACCACUCAGGAUCAGCAGGUCGUGUCACGUGCCUCCAUCCCCAACCCUGUUCUGGAGAUUUACCAGUGUGGAGAUAAACCUCCACCACUCAAUAUCCUCACUCCAUACAGAGACGAUAAGAAGGACGCUCUGAAAUUUUACACAGACCCGUCAUACUUCUUCAACCUCUGGAAGGAGAAAAUGCUGCAAGCCACAGAGGACAAGAGGAAAGAGAAGAGACGGCAGAAGACGAGCGGUCCGGCUCAGGCUCACUCGGCCCAGUCUAAGUCCCUGUCCAGGCAGGCCACUCCCAGAAGCCCCCUCUUCUGCUCUGAGCAGCAGAAGCAGGUAGAGGAACCAGGUCGUGAGGUGAAGAAGGUUCGGAAAGCACGGAACCGCAGACAGGAAUGGAACGUGCUGGCCUAUGAUAAAGAAUUUCGCCCUGAUGCACGCUUUACUCCCUCCCCAUACCACGGCAUGUCGUCAGAGGGCUCACUAUCACCCGACAACAGGUCGGUGUUAUCAGAUGUGGGUGAGCACUCGUACCCUGGCAGCCCAAAUCGGCCUGCACAACAAACGCCACCAUGCAGUGCGCACUCCACCACAGACGGUAAGGAGCUCAUCCUCACUCCCACCCAGACACUGCAGCGAGGCUACCGGCCCACUGGCACGCUGUCUACUCCGGCCGGGAGAGACACACUCGAUAGAAUCCAGCCGUCACACACAACUCCACCCACUGACCCUACCCUCAACGGCCCUCGCCCAGCUCAGGCUAAAGACUACAGCAGUCAACAAUCCCAGCAUUCCGAGUUCUUCAUCCCUCCUGCUCCUCCUCCACCACCUCCCCCAAUUAUUCCCUCAGCUCAGACAGCCUUCGACAGCCCGACUGCUCCCGCCUCCUCCUCUUCCUCCGCUCUUCCCGCCAGCACCAUGGCCUCCCUGUCACGCCCCUACAGCUCCUCGCCUCCUGCAGCUCCUCCGCCACCUCCAUCCGGACCCCCGACGCACACACACCCACUCACAUACAGCCUGCCUCCAGCCCCUGCUGAGACAGCAGGCCCCAGGAAGGCUCAGGUGCCUCUAGUCCCUAUGAGCGAUGCCAGGAGUGACCUGCUAGCUGCCAUACGCCGAGGAAUCCAGUUAAGGAAAGUGCAGGAGCAGAGGGAGCUGGAGGCUAAGAAGGAGCCUGUGGGCAAUGAUGUAGCCACAAUUCUGUCACGCCGCAUUGCUGUGGAGUACAGCGAAUCAGACGAGGACUCUGAGCUGGAUGAAAACGAGUGGUCUGAUUGAAGGAGAGAGCAGGAUGCCAGAUGAGAGGACAGAAUAAGGCAAACAGAGAUGAGACGUUCAGAAGAGCACAAGUAAUUCUGCCGAGGGCUACUUUUCUAAAAGCCUGAAUGAAGCCUGGCUUCUGUGUCCCCAGAGAGCAGAAGCUGGAGAAAAUCUCACAGUAACAGAUAGUCCAGGUUUUGCAUGUUUAUAGGUUCAUAAAUUACAGUUUAAAAGUUUAUUUGCUAUCUGCUGAGAGAGUUGCCUAGACAUAGGGCUUAGAAAUUCUAAUAUAUAUAAGCACAAAAUUGCAGUGCAGGUGAGACUGUAGUUAUAAAGUCUGUGGCGUCACAAGGCAAAUGUGGCAGUUUUGAGGAGUCCAAACAAAACCGAUCCAGUUUUAAAUAGGUUGAAUUUGUCUUUACAAUAAUAGGACUAACAAUACAUCAAAUCUUUAGAGUAGCAUUUGCUCAUGUGAAGCUGUCAAGCAAAGCAUCUCUGUAGACUCUAAAUUCUUAAAUUGGGUUAUUUCCAGGACAAAUUGUUAAAGCAAUACAAAGAUUACAGAAAGUAAGACUCAAGACUGUAAGCUAAUGUUACAGGUUAAUGAUGUAUAUCAUUAUUUCCAGCCUGAAUCACAUUUACUGAAAUAUCUCAGCCCAUUGCUAAUGUAAAGAAACUCUUAUUCAUUCUCGUUUCCAGCAUUUGUAUUGUAGUUGUAUGUAAAUGUUAGUGGUGUGCAUCCACAAUGCGAUUCCAUGCUAAAAGAAUUGCCAGCGAUCGACAGGCACUCAGAUACGAAGGCUCAUUAACACGGGACGUAACGGACACGGCAGGGUGCUUGUGCAGCUUGUUCGUUCAUCUUCUGUAAAUGCUUUAUUCUGGUUAUUCUGAAUGACUCAUUUCUUUAGAUUUCGUAAAUAGAACCAAGUUCAUUAGCAUGUAAGGCAGGUACAAAAAACAGUAAUAACAGUGAUAAUGAGAUGAAUUAGUCAGAUCCUCCGGUCCUUCUGGAUCGGGAUUAAUAAAUAGCAAAAAGUUAAAUAAAUGACACUUCAAGCAGCUGGUUUAGAGAACAAAAUAACAAACACAGCUCUCCUGUAGUCACCUAAUAAAGGUUGGUAACACUUAUCAUCAUUGACAUGAUCCAUAUACUGUACUGCUACCAAGAAACUCAACACAAUUGGAUCUUUUCUUGUUGCCAGUUGGGACCUAAUCCUAGUUCUGGUUUGAAAUAGAUAUAGAUUAUUCAGUUGUUGUUGUUUUUUUUAUUUUUGCCACAACUUACCAUGUGUGUCCAGCAGGAUAAAGCCCACACACUAUGACUCUUUCGCUAGAAAUCACGCUCCAUGUGCUCCUGCCAUCUGCCAAGUUCACAGCUUCUCACACUCACUUUCUUUUCUCAUUCUCUAUCACUUUUUUUCCCCCUCGCUCAUUUCUCGUGUUUGUAGGUGGUGCAGCUGUUAGCCAGUUGUCCUUCUUAGUCCACACAGAUUUUUAGAUGCUUAGAAGCUCAAUACUAGACACACACACACACACACACACACACACACACACACACACACGUAAAAUGCGAGUUGUCGCAGCACAGUAUGAAGGAUAUAACUGUAUACAUGGUUUAUUUUACUGUGUUCAUUAAGUAAGAUGUAAUACCUUUCUUCAUGCCAGCAAAAGACGGGAUAUUAUAAACCGUAUCAUAAAGACAUUCAUCUGGAUUAGACAUUUCUUAAGAUGCCGUAUUUAUUUAAAUGCCGCUUAUUUUUCUAAAAUAACUUAAUAUAGCAAGCGUCGUUGAUUUCUAAUUAAUCACCUAUGGAGUGUUUCAUGUGUUUUGUUUCCAAAUGCUUCAGUAGAUUUGCAGUGGACAGUGUGGGUUUAUCAUUUCUACACACACAAACAUUUAAACACAGACCUCAUCCUCGAAAAGUGUUCUGCGUCCUGUUGUCAUUAGUAACACAAAAAAAGAAGGACAUGAAUGUUUUUAGAAUAUGUGGCAACUCAUCCGGAAAAUAAAUAAGUCAGAAAUAGUGCCAUAGUAUAUGAUUAGGGAGAAUUCUUUGCCUUUUAUUCAGAAUUGUUGAUGUGUCUUUUAUUUCCUUUAGUUUACAUGUUUUAGAAAUGAACCACAGUAAAUGCACUUAAAUAAUUUUUUUUUUUUUUGUAUUUAAAAGCUUAUUUGUGCCACUGAUAGCUGCACAAAAAGGAAGUGCCAGGCUUUAAAGGUUUGGGAAUAUGCUCUGUAGAUUUGUUUUGGUUUUUUUUGGCUGUUGUUGUAUAUAACAUCAUAUAAAAUUUAAGCCUGCUUGUAAAGUAAUCUGAGUAAGAAGUCAGAGUGUCUACGUAAAAAAAACAAAAAACAACAACCUUACAUUCAGUGUGUGUUUAAUAAGAAACUGUAGGCCAGUACAUGCAUGUCUCAAUGGCCAAUAAAAGCCCACUGAUAGAAGCAGCAGUGUGGUUAGUCUUCUAGUCUACUGUACAGUCAGCCUUUAUAUUUAAUAUCGAUCAUUAUUAUAACCAACAGCAAGUUGUGUCUCUCUCUUCAAACUAUCUCCAAGAUAUUUAAAACUAGUAGUGACAAUGAAGUAGUGCUGUGUUUGUAUGUUUAUUUAUUUGUUUGUACAAUUAUUAUUUUUAUUUGAGGGUAAAACUGUAUUUGUAAAAUAAAGUACUCAAAAGAGAAGAAUAUUAAGUGAAAAAAAAACAGAGGUUGUGUUUACAGAUUUAAAAUUGUGACUUUCCAGUUUAUUAUUAAUGCUAACACACAUACGCACACACACACACACAUGCGCACACACACACACACACACACACACACACACUGUACACUAAUGCUAAACAGAGAUCCCACAUUCCCUCCGGUGCAUGAGCUCUCUUUCUUUUGAAUGCUGUUUGUUUAUUCAAGCUGAGUUAGUUUUAAGAUGCAAGUUCUCUCUCUGUCCCUCCCCUGAGACAAGCUUUUCAAGCUGACAAGAGAACAUCUGUGACUCAGCUUCUUCUUCUUCUUCUUCUUCUUCUUCAUCUUCUUCUUCUUCUUCUUCUUCUUCUUCCCUCAGCCUCCUAUGUGCACAUCACUGACCAGAAAUAAAAACAUUAUGGCCUGUCUAGCUGAGCCUUUGAAACUGUGAUGCAACAUUUCUAUCAUCAUCCUCUUUUGAUUCAUAACUAAGAGUCCAUUAAUUAAUUGUCCACCAUACCAGUCCCUGUAAAUGAGUUGUUACUAUAUAAAGGACAAUUAUAUAACACUUGUUAAGUUGUUUGAAGUGUAUUAGGAAUAGAUUAAUAGAUAAGUCCUUCUACCACGUCCCACGUGUCCACUUCCCAAAGCCAAAGUCAUUAACACAGAUCCCUACUUUUCUGUAACAAUAUUGUCUACUCUUCUAAGAAGGUUCUAAAAAAUUUUUUUUACUAGAUUUCUAAUAGUGAGGUCAGGCAUUGAUGUUGGAUUUCGAAGACCUAUGCUUCCGGUUCAUCCCAAAGGUGUUCAGUGGGAUCAGGGCUCUGUGCCAGACACUCGUGCUUGGUGCACAGGAUCAUUGUCAUGCUAGAACAGGUUUGGGCCUCUUACUCCAAAGUGAAGGGAAAUUCUUAAUGCUACAGAAUACAAAGACAUUCUAGAGCACUUUGUGGCAGGUUUGGAGAAGGUCCGCAUAUGGUUGUUAUAGCCAGGUGUCCACAAGCUUUUGGCCAUUUUGAGUAUCUCUUUUCAUUAAUGGAUAAGGUAGAAGAUGGCUGACAAACUUCACACGGUAUGUUUACCUGACAAACUUAGUUUAGAAGUUGGUGUACAGCUGUCUCAGCAAGUUGUUACCCAAAGCAAUCGUAAGGGUGACUAGUGCUCCCAUGUUUCAUAUUCUCUUCGUCAGUGACUGUUCUGAGUAAUCCUCUGACGCAUGAAGCUCUACCAGGAUCGUCAUACACUGCUGUCAUCCUCGGAGCCUUACUGAAUUCUCUGCAUCCUUUAGCUGUCUAAUUACAGAUGCUGGUGCUCACACUUUGCUUUGUGGCGGCUGGUUUUCGAGAAGACCUGCAGGGGCUGAUGGGAUGUGCCUCUGUAUGACUCCCCGGUGGCAUAUCGAGUAAUUAGUGUUGAAUCACAGUGAAGUGGCACAAGCAUAAACAGACUGAUUAAAACCAUUUCCUUCACUUGAGUCCUCAGAACCAAAUGGUGUGUGUGUGUGUGUGUGUGUGUGUGUGUGUGUGUGUGUGUGUGUGUGUGUGUGUGUGUGUGUGUGUGUGUGUGUGUGUGUGUGUGUGUGUGUGUGUGUGUGUGU